AUGAAUAUUGAUAAAAAGACUCAAAAAUACGAUCGUCAACUUCGGUUAUGGCAAGCAAGUGGACAGUUAGCUCUCGAAACUUCUAAGGUGUGCCUCAUCAAUGGUACAGCAACUGGUUGUGAGAUAUUAAAAGAUUUAAUUUUGCCAGGUAUCGGUUCAUUUACUGUAGUUGAUGGUAAAAGAGUAGAUGGUUCUGAUGCUGGGAUUAAUUUUUUCUUGGAUGCGGAUAAAAUUGGAUCUAGUAGGGCUCAAGCUGUUACAGAAUUUUUACAAGAAUUAAACGAAGAUGUUAAAGGAUAUCAUUUUGUAGAGGAUCCUGUUGUCCUUAUUGAAAACCAGCCUGAAUAUUUUUUACAAUUUACAAUUGUUAUAGCUACUGAACUUCAUGAAAAAUUUUUAUUAAAAUUAUCAGAAGUUUUAUGGAAUGCAAAAGUCCCAUUAAUUGUAGUACGUUCUAUCGGAUUUAUUGGAUAUUUUCGUAUUAUGGUUCCAGAACAUACAGUUGUUGAGACACAUCCGGAAAAUGUUGUUGAUCUAAGGAUUGAUACACCAUUUCCUGCUAUUGAAAAAUAUGCAAAGAAUUUAGAUUUUGAUUCUUUGGAUAAUACAGAUCAUGCACAUAUUCCUUAUGUGAUUAUUUUAUUGAAAUAUUUGGAUCAAUGGAAAAGAGAACAUGAUGGAAAUUUGCCAAAAACAUAUUCCGAAAAAAAAGAAUACCAAAGUAUUAUCGAAAGGGGUAAACGAACUAUUGAUGAAGAAAAUUUUAGUGAAGCUUUAACUAAUGCAUGGAAAGCUUGUACACCUAAUAAGAUCACCCAAGAUAUUCAAGAAAUUUUGAAUGAUCCAGCAUGCGAAAAUAUUACAACAAAAUCAUCAAGUUUCUGGAUUAUUGCACGUGCGAUUCGAGAUUUCGUAACAAAUGAGGGACAAGGCUUAUUACCAUUAGCUGGAAGCGUUCCAGAUAUGAAAUCCGAUACUACAGGAUAUAUUACCUUGCAAACUAUUUAUCGUCAAAAAGCAAAAGAAGACGCAGCAGCAGUUCGUGCUCGAGUUAACGAUAUUUUAAUUUCUAUUGGAAGAACAACAGAUUUUAUUCAAGACGAAGAAAUCAAUAGUUUUUGUAAACACGCUGCUUACAUUAAAGUAAUUCGAUAUCGAUCAUUACAAGAAGAAUACAUAAGUGAUCCAAAGAAAUCCGAAAUUAAUCGACGGAUACAAGAUCCACAAGAAAAUAUCAUUUAUUAUGUUCUCAUUCGUGCUAUUGAUAGAUUUUAUGAAUCUCAUCAACGUUAUCCUGAUGCUGCAACAUUUUUUAAUGGAGAUAAUUCAGAGGAAACGGCUAGUGAGAAGUCAACAACAGAAUUUAAAGAAUUAAAAAUCAACGUUCAAUCAAUGUUAGAAGAGUGGAAGAUCACAAACUUACCAGAACAUUUGGACGACUUUAUUCAUGAAAUGUGUAGAGCAGGUGGUUCCGAAUUACCUAAUAUUUCAGCAUUGAUGGGUGGAUUAGUUUCUCAAGAAGUCAUCAAAUUAAUUACUCGUCAAUAUAUUCCUAUAAAUAAUACAAUUAUAUUUGAUGGAGUGAAAUCUAUUUCUUCAACUUAUGUAUUGUAA